AUGGAGAGAGAUUUUAAUAAAAUCGUGCUACGUCUACUGUUAAGAAAAUUGUAACACAACAGAAAUGAAUGAGAAUAAGAAAGGUGUCAUCGACAUUGCCGAAAUGCCUUAUCCACAGUGGACCACUACGAAAACUUGGCAACCUGUCGCUAUUAAAGUUCAGUCGCCCAACAAAAAUAACCUGCGUAACCUGCGGAACAGCAGGUUUGAUUCCAUGAAAACCGACUUGGUUGUACCCGAAAUGUCGUCCACCAUACCCCCAUCGGAGACUUUCAACCCUGCUACUGAUAGUUUACAUGCGUCUAUGAGACCGAUCAUCAUGCUGGCUCAAUGCUUCUCCAUGCUUCCGGUGUGCGGUGUCAAUAGACCAGACGCUUCAUAUCUUCGAUUUACAUGGCGCAGUCCAAAAAUUCUAUAUUCAGCGAUUGUUUUCCUGGGAAUAGUUACUGUGUCAGUUUGUAACGUGUGGCGGUUGUGUUCAACGGGAUUAAAUUCCACCAAAAUGACGACCUUUGUCUUCUAUGCUACAACUCUGGUGACUGCCGUCUUGUUUCUGCAGCUGGCAAGACAGUGGCCUUGCUUGGCAUUAAUUUGGGAGAAACUUGAGCGCGAAUUUACUUCCAGACACCGAAGAGUUUCAAAGACCACCCUUGCAACUCGUUUUAAAAUUGUAACUGCCGUUGUCAUGUUGCUCGCAUUAGUGGAACACAGUGCCGCUGUUGUUUCCGCAUAUAUCAGUGCAGUGGAAUGUGCAGCAUAUCGCAACGAUACAGACGUCAUCGGCACUUACUUUCAAUCACAAUUUCCUCAGAUUUUCUCAAGAAUUUCCUACAGUCUCUGGAGAGGAAUUUUGGUUGAAGUUAUAAAUAUUCUCAGUACAUUCUCGUGGAACUUUGUCGAUCUCUUUCUUAUUCUGAUCAGCAUAGCUUUGGCAGACCAAUUCAGGCAAUUAAACAGUCGUCUUUAUGCGAUAAAAGGAAAGGCAAUGCCGGACUGGUGGUGGGCUGAGGCUAGAAACGAUUAUAAUCACUUGGCGACCCUAACGCGUAGAGUGGAUUCUCACAUCUCGAGUAUCGUGCUUCUGUCCUUUGCCACCGACUUAUAUUUCAUCUGCAUUCAACUGCUGUUUUCCUUCAAUCCAAUACGCGGUAUUGUACGGAAGAUCUACUUUUGCUUCUCCUUCGGCUUCCUGUUGGCAAGGACAACAGCGGUAUCCUUGUACGCAGCUUCUGUUCACGAUGAAUCUCUUUUGCCAGCACCGGUUUUGUAUAGUGUUUCUGGUUCUAGUUACAGCAGUGAGGUGGCGAGAUUAUUGACACAAGUAACGACGGAUAAUAUAAGUUUAACGGGGAUGAAAUUCUUUUCUGUGACAAGGAGCCUCGUAUUAACCGUUGCUGGAACCAUCGUGACUUAUGAAUUGGUUCUUGUACAAUUUAAUUCUGUUCAGCAAGUGGACCAGUCAAAUAUGACGAAUGUUUGCGAGGUGAGGUAAAAAAAUAUUUUCAAAGAUUUUUUCAUCACUUUUAUAUAUAUAUUUGCUUUUGCAUUUGUAAAUUACGCAAG